GCGGACGGAUUGCGCUGGAUUGCAUCGCGACAAUAAACUAAAAGAAACACAAAAACAAUUUAACGACAGCUACCGUGUUGGAUACCAACGUUCUGACGGACGGAGGAGCGAGCUCGGACAUCAUGUCUAUAUUACCGUCCUUCGGGUUUACGCAGGAGCAAGUGGCGUGCGUUUGCGAGGUGUUGCAGCAGGGAGGGAACCUAGAGAGGCUCGGCCGCUUCCUGUGGUCUCUACCCGCCUGUGACCACCUCCACAAGAACGAAAGCGUCCUCAAAGCUAAAGCGGUGGUGGCCUUUCAUCGGGGGAAUUUCAGGGAGCUCUACAAGAUUCUGGAAAGCCACCAGUUUUCUCCGCACAACCACCCGAAGCUGCAGCAGCUCUGGCUGAAGGCGCACUACGUGGAGGCGGAGAAGCUGCGCGGCCGGCCGCUCGGAGCUGUAGGGAAGUACCGGGUGCGGAGGAAAUUCCCGCUGCCCCGCACGAUAUGGGACGGCGAGGAGACCAGCUACUGCUUUAAGGAGAAAUCCAGGGGCGUCCUGAGAGAGUGGUACACACACAACCCUUACCCGUCCCCGCGGGAAAAGAGAGAGCUGGCCGAGGCCACAGGACUGACCACCACGCAGGUCAGCAACUGGUUCAAAAACAGACGGCAGAGAGACAGAGCCGCAGAGGCUAAAGAGAGAGCAAAUAAAGGUUUGACAUAA